CAAAAGUGAAAUUCUUUUACCCCUUUGGAUUUGCUAUUUUGCCCUGACGCUUUUCACCCCCAAACCGAGAAUCGCAAGGAAAUCUCUUCCAAUUUAGCAAUGUGCGCCAUAGCCAAAAUGGAAGCCAAGUGUGGAAGCUACUGCCACGUGUCGGUAGCAGUGAGCGGUGAUUUUGGGCGAAUUUGGAGCGAUUCUUUGGCAUUGGCGGCGGCCUCGAAUUCGAGGAUUUGUUUCUGCGCUGUGAUCCAAUCACUUCUCUCAUCGAUCUUGAGAUGGGCCGGGCCAAGAUCGAGAUCAAGAAGAUCGAGAAUCGCAGCGCCAGGCAGGUUUGCUUCUCCAAGCGUCGCAUGGGUCUCAUCAAGAAGGCCAGCGAGCUCUCCAUACUCUGUGGCUCCGAGGUUGGGAUCAUCGUCUUCUCGCAGGCUGGCAAAGCCUUCUCUUUCGGGCAUCCCUGCAUCGACUACGUGAUUGACAAAACGCUCAAGCGCCCCGUGCAGAUCAAUUGCGAGAAGAUCGAGAAGAUCCGGCAGCUAGAGAAGCAGUACAACGAAUUGCUCCAGGAGCUGGAGAAUGAGACUGAGAAGCACACCAUCUUGGUUGUGAUUGAGCGCGCCAAGUUCUUGCAAAUCCAGGCAUCGCUCGUGUCCUAUCAAUUGCCAUCGCAUUUCUUAGGCGAUCACAACUUCCAGCACGAGAAAACCCAUGAAAAGCAUCAGCUCUCUCUGCUAGUAGCUCCAAUUCCAGAUGAUUUGUGUGAGAAAAGCAAGGAAUUGUAG